AUGGCGGAACCGACCCCAACUCCUGCACCUUCAUCCCCGGUCGCUGCCGAGGCCGCGCCCGAGCCAAGGCGGCCCGCUCCGGAAGUGGAGGUUGAGGUCGAUCAUGAGGAGCAAGACUCUUCAUACGGCGACGAUGAUGCCUCGCGUGCCAGUACCUCGUUGGCCUCCGUCACUUCAAAGUACGAAUGGAAGCACGGUCGAAGAUACCAUGGCUACCAGUCCGGCGCAUACAAUUUCCCCAACGAUGAGGAAGAGCAAGACCGUUUGGACAUGAUCCAUCACGUAUUCUUCCGGUUGAUGCACGACCGUCUCUACCUGGCGCCUAUCAAUACUGCGGGCCUCAAAGUGCUCGACAUCGGCACGGGAACCGGUAUCUGGCCGAUCCAAUUUGGCGACGAGCAUCCCGAAGCCGAGGUGAUCGUUGGCAACGACCUUAGCCCCAUCCAACCUGACUGGGUCCCACCGAAUGUCAAGUUCGUCGUGGAUGACGUCGAGCUAGACUGGGUGGAGCCGGAAAAGUACGAUUACAUUCACUGCCGGUACAUGGCCGGCUCCAUCAAGGACUGGCCGCGGCUUGUGCACCAAAUCUACGACAACCUCAAGCCCGGUGGGUGGGUGGAGUUUCAGGAGUCGGCGAAUACGCUGUACUCGGAAGACGGAAGCCUGAAGCCCGACAAUGCCAUGGUUCAGAUGAUGGACGGAUUGAUGGAGGCGUGCGAGAAGAUCGGACGCACAAUGGACCCUGCGCCUUCGAUGAGACGGUGGACGGAAGAGGCUGGCUUCGAAAGGGUCAACGAGCAGAGAUUCAAGCUGCCGAUUGGCGGCUGGCCCAAGGACGAGAGGUUGAAGGAGAUUGGCACGUUGAUGGGAAUUAACUUUGUCGAAGGCGUCGAAGCAUUCACUGCGGCCCUCUUCAAGGAUGUCUUGGGUUGGUCAGAAGAGGAGGUGAUUGUCCUCAACGCUGGGGUGAGGGCUGCUGUGCGGAAGAGAGACGCUCAUCCCAUUUUCGAUUUCGUUGUUGUUACUGGUCAGAAACCCAAAUCAGCUUGA